AUGCUGACACAUGCGACUUCACCUUUCCUCGAGGGCUAUCGCCUCGUUCGUUAUCGCCUCCACCACGAUUUUCCAGAGCAAGGAUCACAAGAAGCCCGUUUAUACGAUUUAAAUCAGUCCCGAUCGCCUCUGCUUCGCCUGCCAUACGAGCUGCGCCUGCAGAUCUAUGAGCUUCUCCUUGGCGACCGGCAAAUCCACAUCCGCUUUGUGCCAUGGCAAUACAAGCGACGAGUGAAGCGCGGUAACACGGACAAGGAGACAGUCAAGGGACAUUUUCGAUACGAAGUCCUACCGAAACGACAAGACCCCUGGGCAUCAGGUGUGAAUCAGCUCUGGGAAAAUGCUGCCACGUCCUUGCAAGCAGCCGGAGCAAGACUCACUCUUCUUUCCGGAGUCUGCCGCCAGCUCUAUGAUGAAACGGCUUUACUGCCCCAAAAGCUCAAUAUCUGGUCCUUUGAGAGCAUGCACAUGAUGGAGAGGUACAUUCUCAAGGACAACAGAAUGCAUCUACAUCAAAGAAAGGCCAUUGAAGUCCUCUACUGCCGGGAGAAACUGCCCAAGGACGUGCACAAGAAGCUCAAGUGGCUCAAAGCCAUCGUCUGGAAAGACGGAGAGAAACUGAGGUGGCAAGAUCUCGAGCUAUUUCCAGACAUUAUGUGGAAGGACAGGCAGCAGCUACUCGAGCAGUCCUGGCGGUGGUAA